UGUGCGCGGCGGCGGAGAGGGAGGGAGGACAGAGAGUGCGCAAACAGGCAGCCAGGCACAUCAGCAGCAGCGGCAGAGCAUCUUCCUGAUCCUCAUCUCCCGUGUCUUCAGCUGCCAGCCCUCUGUGCGUCCCUGAUUGAGAUUUCACUGCCGGCUCAAGUGUCCAGGAGCCUCCGCCAGCCAUCAGCUCCCACCAACACACUUUCUCCAGAGCUCGGCUAUUCUGAGCCUCAGCUGCGAGAGACUGUCCUUCCGGUCCUUCUCUUAUUUAUCCCAGUUUCUUGAAUAUUUAAUGGAAAAUGGCGAUCUGCGCACAGUCGUACGGUAUUUUCUGCCUCUUCACAAUCCAAACUGUACUUAUCAUAUGCGUCUCUACGCCGACAGACGGGACCCACCUCUUCCCCCAGCACUACACAAUGAUUCACUGGGCGGGACGCAUUGAGAAGGAGCUGGAAAAGGUUCUGCAGCACGUCACUGGGACUCAGCAGAUGAGAUCGAUUUAUAAUGAGAAGAAGAGCCAGUUUGAGAUCAAGAGAAACAACCCCAAGGACCUGGUGGAGAGAGUGGCACGAGACAUCUCCAAGCUGCUCAACAGUAAGAGGAAAGCCUUGGAGAAACUGGCCAGGGAGGCGGAGCAGCUUCAGCAGGAGCAUGAAUGGCAAGACGGUGUGACGGAGAAUGCCAUUUCAUACUACGAUUCCAAAGCGGAUUCAGACUAUGCGGAGGAUGGAGAAGAGGACAACCCUUUGGAGAGCGCAGCGCCUUUGGAGCUGGAGUUUGUGGACGAUCCCAAUUUUAAAAACAAGGUCAACUACUCAUCGAGUGCGGUCCAGAUUCCCACAGACAUCUACAAGGGCUCCCCGGUCAUCCUUAAUGAGUUAAACUGGACCCAGGCACUGGAGCGAGUCUUCAUCGAGAACCGUCAGGAGGACAGCUCUCUGCGCUGGCAGGUGUUUGGCAGUGCCACAGGAGUGACUCGGUACUACCCAGCCACUCCAUGGAGGGCGCCCAACAAGAUUGACCUGUACGACGUCCGCAGGAGACCUUGGUAUAUCCAAGGUGCAUCAUCUCCGAAGGACAUGGUCAUCAUUGUGGAUGUGAGUGGAAGUGUCAGUGGACUCACCCUGAAGUUGAUGAAAACCUCAGUGAUAGAGAUGCUGGACACUCUGUCGGAUGAUGACUAUGUGAAUGUCGCCAGGUUCAAUGAAAAGGCUGAUGCAGUCGUCCCAUGCUUCCGGACUUUGGUACAAGCCAACGUUCGUAACAAGAAGAUCUUCAAGGAAGCCGUCAUGCAUAUGCAAGCCAAAGGAACCACAGAUUACAAGUCUGGCUUCACGUUUGCCUUUGAACAGCUCCUCAAUGAGAGCAGUGCCCCGAGGGCCAACUGCAAUAAGAUGAUAAUGAUGUUUACAGAUGGCGGGGAGGAUCGUGCACAGGAAAUCUUUGAGAAGUACAACUGGCCCAACAAAACGGUCCGAGUGUUCACCUUCUCUGUCGGCCAGCAUAACUAUGAUGUCACUCCUUUGCAGUGGAUAGCCUGUGCCAAUAAAGGUUACUACUUUGAAAUUCCAUCAAUUGGGGCCAUCAGAAUCAACACCCAGGAGUACCUGGAUGUGCUGGGUCGUCCCAUGGUGCUGGCUGGGCCUAAAGCCAAGCAGGUGCAGUGGACAAACGUCUACCAGGAUGCUCUGGGUUUGGGCCUCGUCAUCACCGGAACAAUGCCAGUCUUCAACCUCACUGUGGAUACUAUGAGCUCACAGAACCAGCUAAUCCUGGGAGUCAUGGGAGUAGAUAUUGCAGUCAGUGAGAUCAAGAAAAAGACGCCAACAUACAGACUUGGAGCCAAUGGUUACACCUUCGCCAUCGACCCAAACGGCUACGUGCUGCUGCAUCCUAACCUACGUCCCAAAAUCAUUAAUUUCAGGGAGCCUGUCACUCUGGACUUUCUGGACGCAGAGCUGGAGGACAGCAACAAGGAGGAGAUCCGUCGGCAGAUGAUUGAUGGAAAAUCAGGGCAAAGGAAAAUCAGGACGCUCGUUAAGUCAGUUGAUGAGAGGUAUAUCGAUGAGGUCAUACGGACGUACACAUGGACGACUGUGGACGGAACAGAUUACAGUCUAGGGUUGGUACUGCCCACAUAUAGUGAGAACCACAUCAAGGCCAACCUGAGUGACCAGAUCCUCCAGGUGCAGUGGUCAUACAUCAAGGAUUUUGAAUCACUGCUGCCAAACAGUUUUGAGUCUGAAGGACAUGUAUUCAUUGCUCCCAGGGAGUACUGUAAUGACCUGGAACUGUCCAAUAACAACACUGAGUUCCUGCUCAACUUCAUCGCUCUCAUGGAGAAGGUGACUCCGGACUCCAAACAAUGUGACAAUUUACUUCUUCACAACUUGAUCCUGGACACUGGUAUCAUCAGACAGCUGGUGGAGAAAGUAUGGAAGAACAAAGACUUAAACACAUAUGGCUUCCUGGCCGUGUUUGCAGCAACAGAUGGGGGUAUAACCAGAGUGUUUCCAAACAAGGCUGCAGAAACCUGGGAGGAAGAUCCCGAGCCGUUUAAUGCCAGCUAUUACCGCCGCAGCCUCGACAACAAGGGCUACAUCUUCCGAGCGCCUUAUCGAACGGCCAGGGACGAACUGCUGAACCCGGAGAAUGACACCAUAGGAAUCCUGGUCAGCACAGCCGUGGAGUUCACAGUGGGAGGGAAGACCAUCAAACCUGCAGUGGUUGGAGUGAAACUUGACCUUGAAGCUUGGACUGAUAAGUUCAAGAUUCUUGCCAGCAACCAUACAGACAACCGUCAGGGCUCAAAUCAAUGCGGACCAAACCGGGGCUGUGAAAUGGACUGUGAAGCCAACAGUGAUGAUCUCCUGUGUUAUUUAAUAGAUGAUGGCGGAUUCCUUGUCAUGUCAAAUCAGAAGGAUGACUGGAACAAAGUGGGGAUGUUCUUCAGUGAUGUUGAUCCCUACCUGAUGUACGCUCUCUACAACAACUCCUUCUACAACCGCAAGCAGUCAUUUGACUACCAGUCUGUGUGUGAAAGACUUCCCAACAGUGAGGCAGGAGCUGCACCCAGAGGAGUCUUCGUGCCCACAAUUGCAGAUUUUGUCAACAUCGCUUGGUGGACAUCUGCAGCUGCAUGGUCCUUGUUCCAACAGUUCAUAUAUGGGCUGGCUUAUCACAGUUGGUUUGUCACAGAUGAAGUGGAUGCAGAAGGAUAUGACUCCAAAGAGCGCAGUUGUGUAAUGAUCCAGACCCAGUACUACUUGAGUAAUCUCAGCAGCUCCUACAACAUCCUGCAAGAUUGUGGCAACUGCUCCAGGCUGAUUCAUGCCAAGAGGAUAAACAACACCAACUUGCUCUUCGUGGUGGCGGAGAAGCUACCAUGCAACACCUGCGAGAUUGAGAAGCUGUCCCAGGAGGAGGAGGAGUUCUUGGAGGAUAAUCCAUGUGAAGAACUGGCUGUGGCGCGUUAUCGAAAAGGACCGUCAACCUGCUUUGAUACCAACAUUGCUGAAAACACGUCAGACUGUGGACGGGGACACUCCUUCCGUCCGUCAUUCUACACCUUACUGCUCAUCCAGCUGCUCCUGCUCUAUCCAGCCAUCAGCCCCCACAUCCACACACUACAACAUUAAUUCCAUUUAGCUCUGCUUCUCCUUUGACCCCACUUUUCCUGACCUGAGACCCUCCAGCCCACCUCCCUUCUCCUCCCCCUCUUCCCUUGUUAUAGUCAUAGGUUAUAAUGGGACUUCCCAUCACAGCGAAAUGGAAGCCCUGAGCGCCGCGCACCCCAGCUCGCUUCAGUUUGUGUCGCUUAGUGACAACUACCGGACGUUUAUGUCCUCCGCCAGUUAACCUUCAUCUGCAGGAGGAGGUGCGGCCGCCGUGGCGCCGUACCUCCUGGAUCAUCAGAGGCUACGUCAGAAAAGAGAAAACAAACCCCUCCACAACCACCCCACUCCGCCAUCCUAGAGGAGGGAGGGGACAGGGGACCAGUGGAUGUCCUCGUCACAGACCUCCCGCCUCACACUGACUGGAGAGUUGAGGUCGUCUGUUCAUCACACAGACGAGGAGGGGGGGGGCUUCUCCUCCUUCUUCUCUCCUUCAUCUCAGAGUGUCACCACUCUAUCAUUCGCCUCUCGUCAGAGGCUGUGGACCAUUCAGCCGAUUCUAGCCACCAUAAAAGAAAAGAAAAGAAAAAAGAACUGUCAAGUAUACAAAAUGUCAAGUAUAAACCGCUGAAGUGAUGAGUACUCCAAACAUACAGUGUAUUUAGUUCUUAAUUUGAAAAGGAAGUCUUUAGGUGUUAUCUUAAAAAUAAUUAAUUUAUGCACUAUAUCUACUUGCCAAAAUGAGAUAGACUUACAUGUGGUCUUAUUUUUAUAGCCAAAACACAAGGAGGGAAUGGCUUCUGAUUUAGAUUCUGGGAUAAACCAUGAGAGGAAGAGGACACAGUCAGAAACUGAACGCUGAUUCAUUCACUGCAGCACCUAAUAAUUACAGAUUAAUGCUUUUAAAAGACGUCCACUGAGGAUUAUUGUAAUUACAUGAUGCUAAUCACAUUUCAUGAAGUCCUUUUUUUAUUAUCUAUUUAAAGCAAGUGCUAUCUGGCUCACUCAUGUAAAAGCUGCAAACAUGACUCAGCAUUUAGUUACUGCAGUUUGUUGAUGUCGUGUUCGACCAUUCUGACCUCUGGUUUGGACUGAUGUUUAAAAAAAAAAAAAAAAAAAAGAAAUGCCUGAGAUCUCUGAAGCUCAGCUCACCUCUGCCAGUCUUCAUGAGGUUCAUCCAGUAACCUCGACUACCGCUCCUGAUCUGGAUCUGUAAAUGUGCUUUACUCGUGUUCACAAUCAGACACAGCAAGAUCUCUGCCUCAUGACCGUCUCAUAGCCGUUCCAGGUGGAUUUUUUUUAUUUUGUUACUUUUGACUGAUGCUGUUUAAAACUUCAAAAACCAUUCGCUGCUGGGGUUUUGGGGCUUAACGACAUUUUCCAACAAAAGUGCAGAAAAGGCAACUAAAUAUGGUGAUCACGUGCUGUAGUAGUCUGGUUAUUAUCCGUCACAGUUUCUCAUUGAUCAUUACAAUGUGUGAAAAGUCAUUUAGACUCCCAUGUUUAGGAGCCGCUCUGUUUCAUAGUGCCUUGAUGCACUUUGUUUUGGACCACACUGGCUGUAAAAGAGUAGAGCUACUGUAUAGUACCUUUAUAAAGCAGCCACAUUAGAGGCUUUGGCUUGUAAGACUGAAUCUGUCGGCUAUACCAAUAGCUUUAAACACAGUUUAAUGUAUCUGCCCCCUCCAGAGCCACUACUGCCAUCAUAUGGAGUUACUAUACUGUUCCUUUACAGAGCCGUGUAUAGAGCUACACUAUCAGUAUACAGCCACUUGACUGGCCGUAGAGCGUUUAGGGCCACCUGACUGCUAUAGUUCUGCCUGAUUUGUGUGCGUUUGUGUGCAGAUGAGUGUUAGUUUGCGUUUCACAGCCCUCAAAGGGAAUGUCUUUUAAAAGCAGCGUGUGUGAGGGAUGACAGUAGUGUAGCAGAGCUGUUUUUUUCUUGUUCCUAUGUUGCAAACGUACAAAAAAAUCCAGUGUUGCUGUGACGAGGGGACUAAACUGAAACAAAAAUAAUCCGUCUUUAAACUUCAAUCUGCUUAAAAAUGAAUCUUCACGGAGCAGAGGUGUCUGAAAGAAUGUGUAGUUCAUCGGUGUUUUCUGCUUCAGAUGCAACAUAGUAAACAAAGCCUCUCGAAAUGCCUUAGUGUUACUCAGCACCAAGCUCUGAUAACGUUUCCCCACCAACCCUGCUCAUCUAUUUACACACAAACACACAAAAGAGAUACAACUAAACACACACGCCAUACACACUCCCCCUGAGUUUUCUUGGUGUUUUCUGCAGUCAGUGUAGUGAGCUCUGAUGAUUUCAGUCUUUUAUGUCUUGGAAUGAUUCGUUUUUGAUCAACGCCUGUUUGAUUUUAAAUGCUUGAAAAGCAGGUGGGAGUGUUAAAUUAAAAAAAAGAAGAAAAAGAAGAAGCCUCUGACCUUCGAUGUUCUCACCUACCCACAAAUCUCACUGUACUGCACAGGUGGGAGGACUCGCACGACAAUUUGAACCAUCACUACACACUCUGUACAGUUGUUGGUACUAUUUGAUGUGACAAACAUGCUGGCACAGUAUCUGCAGCGCUGCUCAUUUCAAACAAAUCUGAAAAAUUUCAGUUUGGCCCCUUUCAUGGUUUGUGUAUCCAAAAUUUUCAGGCGGGUUAGAGUUAUUUGAGGCUGCGUGCAGUUUUUACUUUCCCAGCAUUGCUUUGUCUCUGUCCUGUGCCAUAAAUCCUGUCUGCAUAUCCCAAUUUUCACUGUCUGUAAAUGAGCGCUACACGUGCCUGUGGAAAUGUACCCCCUGCAACUUCCUCUCUUUUCCUGACCUCUGUACGCACACACAAACCAAACACAUAGGCCUACAUGUUUUUCGCACCUUCACACACGCAGCUGUAAGCAAACAUUGGACACUUAUUCAUGCCCAGCUGAGAGAUGUCAAGCACCAGGCAGAAGUAAGCCAAGGACUUCCUGGUGUGCUUUUAUUUUGGCGAGGGGGGCAGAAUGUCAGAGGAAAGCUCAGGGCGUGGGUCUCCACAGAGCAGCACGGGCCUGAAGGUCACCAAGGAAUCAUGUGUGCAUCCUGGUAAGAAAAAACUCCUCAAGGGACGCACAGUUUCUGUGGUUUAACUGAUUUACUUUUGCCAAAAAAAAAAGAGAAAGAAAUAGAAAAUUGGGUCAGCGUGGGGAUGAGAGGGAGGUGUCAGCUUUAGGACAGGACCCUGAGAUAAGCGCAGGGGAUGCUUUCAUAAAGCCUCUUGCCUCCUCCCGACCCUCGCUGCAUCUGUGUUGGUGCGUUUCUGUGGGAAAGACACGUGUGUAUGUGAUUCUGUAGUCUGUAGUCUGGUGCUAUGUGACCAUGUUUGACCAAGUGUGUGAAAAAAUAACAGCAACAUUUAGAGAAAAAAAAAGAAGAAAAUCAGUCGAGUUUUAAGUGAAGUAAAAAAAAUAUAUAGGAAUACAGCACUGUUGAUAAGUUUGAGAUCUGAAGUCAAAAUGUUAUUUUUUUUAUUUUGGAUUGUUUUUUUUUAUUUCUUGUGCGUGUGUGAGUGUGAAUGUUGGUGUGUGGGGAUGAUUUAGCUCCUUCUUUUCUGGGCACUGGUCCAUGUCGCUCCAUUCUUUUGUACAGAUGAAGCUAAAAAAAAAGAAGAGGGCAAAAUUUGUAAAAUAUUGUGUCUGUGACUCCUUGUAAAAUAUUUUCAAAUUGUUUAUUACAGAGAAUCAGUUAUUAAAUAAUGUUCAUAUUUUUCACUUCA